AUGUUCUUAAACGAGUCUGAUCAUGCAGCAAUCUGUCGAAAGAAACAUGAUGAAUCAAGUAUUACCCAGGCAGAGCUGAUCAAAUGGCAUUUUACUGAAAUUUUAGCUGAAGAUAUGAUAAUCGAUGCUAAGCAGCAACGCAAAUUAAUUGGAGAAACACUUAAGAUCAAGGCUGCCAAAAUUGUAUCACAUCUAUACCCAGAUAAAACAACCUUAACAUUUUCAAUAGAAUGGCUUUAA